AUGACUUUUGCGUUCCCUUGUUGUUGUCUUCUUCCUUCUCCUUCUUCUGUUUCUUCGUCUUCUGGUUGCUGCUCUCGAAAAGAGAGGAGGAGAAAUCAUGCCGCCGCUGCUUUGAGAGGAGGACGUGGAGUCUUCGAUGACGAACACGAAAGAACACGAAGAGGAACGCAUCAAAAUCAUCAUUUUCGUCGUUUUCGUCAAAAAAAGGACUUGGGUGAUUUUGUUUUUGGAAAUCAACAUCAUCUUCAUCGCGGGUUCUUGUGCCUCGCGAAAUCGUCGUUUGAAGAGUACGAGGAAGAGGAAAAUGACGACGACGACGACGAUGAAAACGAAAACGAAAACGGAGGUGGUGAGAACGAGAUUACAAAAUACACAAACACCGCAGCAGAAGUCGACCAAGAGUUAUACAUCCCGAAACCGUUAUCGGCGGAAAACAAAUUAGAGCGUUUGUUACCGAAAGAUAACUACGAUGCCCCGGUGUCGGACGAGGAGAGGUUUCGGAAUUUAUUCGACGCGGAGUCAUCGACGAUUGAUCCGGAGAGUUUGAACGAGUACGGGGAGAGAAUAGACCAAGAGAAGUGGUAUAAUUUAGGAUUGAGAAGGGACGCGCAUCCCGUCGCGCGGUUUCUGUUGAAACCGUUUACGAGCGACAUCACGCGAAGAAUCGUCGCGUGUACGGGAAUGUUGACGGUGUUGCGAGCUGGGUAUAUAGGCCAAUCGAGAUUAUUUGAUGCGUCAAAAGUUGGAAGUGUGACGCAAUCGUCCGGUCCAAUGGCAGAUAUGGCGAAGAAAUUAAUGGAAGACCCCUCGUUCGCGCACAUGGGCGACGUGCUCGGAGGCGCCAGGCAGAUUACCGAACACGGCGGGGUGACUAUUUUUCAUUUAGGUAUAGGUCCGUUUGUAGCUGGGAGCAUUAUCAUGCAAGUAUUAAUGGCCAUAGACCCUCAAAUGAAAGAGAUGAAGAAAGAUAGAAUGGGGAUGGAAAAGUUAAAACAACAAGGACGGUAUUUGACGUUGAUUAUUGCGUUGAUUUUAGGAGCGAUUGAGGCGCACAAGUUGAAAUAUUUAUGCGCCAUGGCGAUUCCCGGUUUUUUGUAUUAUAUGACGGCAACGAUGUUGUUCGCCGCCGGGGCAAUGACUAUCACGUGGGUUGCGCAAGAAAUUACCGAUUACGGGAUUGGGGAAGGAAGCGGGAUGAUUAUAACCAUGUCCAUUUGUGCGUCCUACGCGUCGACGGUGAAGAAUGCAAUCUUCGUAGAAAAAGUGACGAGCAGCGGCGGGACGGCGGCGGCAGCCGCGGCAGCGUUCGUCUCCUCCGGUAGUCUUUUAGAAUCCGUGAGAGGUUUAGUGGUGAACCCGGCGUUCUUGACUAUCUCUGGGUUUGUGGUACUGUUAACUUUCGCGUCCGCUUUACUCAACGAAGGGACGUGUAAAAUCCCUCUGCAAUUUUUCCAAGGCCCGGACGCGUCGCAGCUCCCGAAAUCCGCCCAAUCCGAAUCUUCGGAGAUUCCUAUUCGUGUCAACCCUGGUGGUAUGACUAUGAUCAUCGCGUUUAGCAUGCUGUGUGGUUUCUUCCGCGAACAAGUCGCGCCAGCCAUGCCAGCCGCAAUCGGGAAGACUUUAGUGUCCAUUUGCGACCCGACUAAUUUCAGUUACUACGUUUUCUUAUUCGUCUUUUGCAUCGCCGGUUCAUACAUCGACGUACAAAAUACGCCAAAAGAAGUUGCGGAAUACAUCACAAAAAUAGGUGCGAGAAUACCAAACGUUCGACCUGGCGUUCAAACGGAAAAAUAUUUGCGGGAUUUACAAAACGGCGCGAAAUUCUUCGGCGGCGUCUUGUUAGGAUUAAUCGCGUGCGUGUGCUCCAUAGCGGACGAGUACGUGAGAGGUACGUACGGAGUGAACGUCGGUUUUACGAGCAUGCUCAUUUGUACGAGCACGAUGUUAUCUCUGAAAAGACAAAUUAGAGCGUUAGGGGAGGUACCGUCCAUGAAAGUCGUCUUGAAAGAACUUUAA